AUGGAUGAAACCGACCUGCAGGAGAUGGUGGACCACUUAAAUGAUGCACACAUGUCGGCAGCCCGUCACAUCAACACAGUGCCCCCAUCUCAACAGCGCCCCCGCCAGAGGAGGACGACAUUGCAGUGGUCAACCAUUCUUCACGUGUCUGCCGGCAUCCAGUACAACAACCCAACCCGCGGCCACGACAGCAGCAAAGCAACAAGAAAUUCGCCGACGGCCUCUGCUAUUUUAACACCAGAUAUCCGCUUCUUAGUGGACACCGGCGCUGCCCACUCGCUCCUGCCAGCCUCUCGGUGGAGGAAGCCCCACCAACAACAGCCUGUCACCAGACUCACGGCAGCCAAUAGCACACCGAUCCCCACAUACGGCCGCAAAUAUCUCAACAUCUGCAUCGACAGCCGUACGUAUGGAUGGAGCUUCGUGGUGGCUGACAUUACCCUCCCCUUGCUUGGAGCAGACUUCCUGGCCCACUACCAGCUCCUUGUCGACGUCUCCAGUGGCAGACUGAUCGAUGCAGCUUCCCUCGCCGCCAUCCCCAUUGCCGCUGCCCCGGAUAACCUCGCCCUUCAGGUGAUUGAUGCCGCAGAUGACUACGCACACCUCCACUACUCCUACCCCGACGUAUUUAAAUCGGAGCUUCGCCAGCAACCUCAGACUCCAGCCAAACACGGGAUCUAUCACCUUAUCAAGACAUCAGGCCCUCCAGUGUUCUCCAAGUUUCUGGUAAAAAAGGAUGGCUUCCUUCGUCCCUGUGGUGACUACAGAUGCCUCGAUAUGCCUAUGGAACCAGACCAUUACCUGCUCCCUAACAUCGCCGACGUCACUUCCUCCACGGCGCCAAGAUUUUUUUCCAAGCUCGACCUACUGAAGGGGUACUACCAAGUACCAAUGCACCCAGAAGACAUCCACGCCCUUUGA